GAGGAAGAGGUUAGCAUGUCGUUAGCUGUUAGCCUUGCAGCAUUCCAUUGUCACAGACAACAUGCUAGCUGAGUAACAAGGAUGGAAACGGUAAAAAAAAAAAAAAAAAUCUGCCAAAUUAAAAAUAUCGGAAGUCAUCUGCGCCCUCAUUCCGCAUCCAAUGUAAUAACAGUACUCAGUGAAAUGAGCCCUGCUGUUUACACGCAGGGGACUGCUGUUGGUGUGUUAGCAUGCUAAUGCUAGCCAGUGCUGCUACUAGCUUUAGCCGGAGGAGCCCCACUUCCCGGCUGCUGUAGCAGGAGCUGCCUGCUAGUUAGCGCGUUAGCAUCAGCUCCCCCUCCUCCCCCUGGUUGCAACACCGCUAGGAAUCUCAAAAUGUCUUCUGACACUCAUUUUGUUUCCAUCUGUGCGGUCAGACGGAGGCAGCAGGCGGUGGCAGAGAAGUGUGACGGACACAGCACCGCUCGGCUCGGCACGACACAGCAACUUAUAUUAGACUUAACCCAUUUAUCAGGCGCAUGCGUGGGCGGCGUGCACGCGGGCAGACUGAAACCGAUUUACAGCGUUUACUGUGAAAAAAAACACAUCACGGGCCGCUGUGACGGUGCACCAGUGACAUGUUCACGAGCAGGGGACGCUGUUUAACCACAGCACUCUGAUACUCCAUCAGCCCAGCACGACACGGGCUCCAGUUCUCCUACACUGGUGGAGGAGAAGGUUUUAAACUUGCACCAACUGAGCUGCCUGCAAUUCUGCCAGCAUCCAGCAGGGGCAGCAGGGAGUCAGUCCCCAUAGACUUCUGUGUUUAAACUUGGAGCAGAAACAAACAUGUUUACGGCCGGAUACACAAACUGUUUGGUCUCAUAACACCUGUACGGGGGAGCAUGUUGUUACAACUCACCUGUUUAAGUUGUAUUAAGCCUUAAAGGUUCUAUUUUAGGGGCGUGGCCUCUUUGACUGACAGGUGGAUGGUGACACCUGUAGUUGCUAGCUUCACCUGAACGGGACCUCUGGGCCUGUUUGUGCUGGUGGAGCAUGUAUAAUGACGUCAUGUGGCCAAUACCAUGGCUGCUGUGAGGUCACUGUACUAACAGGCUGAGCUCCAAGUUUACCGAGUGAAACUCUGGGAUUUUGUCUAAUUAGCAGGUGUGUGUGUGUGUGAGGGAGCUGCUGAUCGAUACACAUUUAACACAUCUUUAAAAAUUAUGCGUGUUUAGCUUUAAUCGUGAUUUAUCUCUGAGGUAUGGGGCAGGUAGUGUGGAGCUCAGGUGAGUCAGCUGCUGGGAGAAACAGGUGUGCACACACAGGGUUACCUGAUUGGUUGAUGGACAGGUGCGGAGUUCAGGUGUUGGUAGACUUUAAACUUUCCACUCAUGUGUAAAUCAUUUCCUUUUUCCUGCUUUCUGUUUACCUGAAACAACCUGCUUGUUGCCUCGAGCUGAGUCCUUAAUGUUUGUGCAUGACACGCUUAGUGGGCGGAGCUGAACUGGUGGAAUGCAGGACGCUGCCUGUCAGAAAUCUUCACACCAAAGUCCACCUGCUAAUCAGGGACACGCCCACUGAGGGUGACUGCAGGUGUGCUUUGAGUGCUCAGCUGUUCGUGUGCAGGGACAGAAACACUCUUGUUUUCACUGAGGUGCAGUUUGUGUUCGUAUCAUAGCAGCCAGAGUUCAGCAGAACGCUGUCUGAUUGACUCCGCCCACCAUGAACCCUCUAAACCAGAUGAAGGCUGGACUAGCCAACAACCCACACAGUGACGGCUCGUACCCCUACGACCCCUCCAGCUGGCAGCAGCCCACCAAUCAGCCCACAGGAUCGCUCUCCGUGGUCACAACUGUCUGGGGAGUCACCAACCCCUCGGCCAGCCAGGGUCUUGGUGGAGGCGUGAUGGGGCCCGGGGCCAACCCAGGCGGGGGUCCUAUGAUGCAGGGCCCCGGGGGGUCGGGCAUGGCCGGCGGGCCCGGAGGCUACAUGGGCCAGCAGGGCUAUGGAGAGCCCAGCAAAGGCUACAUGACCCAGGGCAUGUACGGCCGUACGGGCGGGGCCUACACAGGAGGACCGGGCGGGUACACAGGGAGCUAUCCGUCGAACCCCGGAGGCUCCCGAGGCUCCGCUGACUUCACUCAGGCUGCCGCUGCCGCCGCCGUUGCUGCUGCUGCUGCCACGGCAACCGCCACUGCUACAGCAACCGUCGCCGCCAUCCAGGAGAAACAAAACCAGGAGAUGAACUAUGGACAGAUGGGUGGUCCAGCCUACAAUAACCAGUUCAUGGCCCACUCCGGCCCCCGCGGCCCUCCUGGCAUGGCUCCUGGAGGUAUGGGCCCAGGUCCAGGCCCCGCCAGAGGUCCCCCUUCAAUGGGCCCCAUGUACGGACCAGGAGGGGGCCCGCAGAGGGUCCCCCAGCACCCAAACUACGGCCCUGGACCACAGCAGGGACACCUGAGGCCCCCGCAGGGCCUCAAACGACCAUACAGCUCAGAGUCCUUCCCGGGAAUGUCCCAGCAGUACGGCGUUCCCGUCGGUUCCAGUGUGAACGUCAUGCCGGGUCCCGGAGGUGGCGGUGGAUCCAUGCCUGGUUCAGCUGGAGGCGGUCACGGUGGCCCCUACUCGGGCCCCAACAUGCAGUACCACCCAGGUCCCGCUGGUCCAGGUCCCGCCCCACCACGGUCUGGCUCCUCCCCCUCCUAUCAGAGCCAUAAAAUGCCCCUCCCACCUCAGUACCCCCCCUCUGGACCCCCCAGUUCGCAGUACUACAAGCAGGACCAGUUUAACGGGCAGGGCGGCUUAAACACUCUGACAGCAGGGGGCGCCGGAGGAGUGUACAACUCCUUCAACCAGCCAUCAGGGCCGGGGCGAGGGUUGCCAGGUUACCCCUCUUCUCCGGUUCCGGGAAACCCAACACCUCCCGUCACCCCCAGCAGCUCCAUGGCUCCGCCCUACAUGUCGCCUGGCAGCGGUGACGUCAAGCCGACGCCUUCUCCCUUCCUGCCUGACAUCAAACCCAACAUAGCUGGCCUGGCCCCUCCCCCGCCGACAGGUAACCCUAGCGACGACCUGCGGCUGACCUUCCCAGUGAGAGAUGGCGUGGUCCUGGAGCCCUUCAGAUUAGAGCACAACCUGGCCGUCAGCAACCACGUCUUCCAGCUGAGAGAGUCCGUCUACAAAACACUCAUCAUGAGGCCUGACCUGGAGCUCCAGUUUAAGUGUUACCACCACGAGGAUCGACAGAUGAACACCAACUGGCCCGCCUCUGUCCAGGUGAGCGUGAACGCGACUCCUCUCACCAUCGAGCGAGGCGACAACAAAACUUCCCAUAAACCUUUGUACCUGAAACACGUGUGUCAGCCGGGCAGGAACACCAUCCAGAUCACCGUCACCGCCUGCUGCUGCUCUCACCUGUUCGUCCUCCAGCUGGUUCACCGUCCAUCGGUGCGAUCGGUGCUGCAGGGACUGAUGAAGAAGAGGCUGCUUCCUGCAGAGCUCUGCGUCACCAAGAUAAAGAGGAACUUCAGCAGCGGCUCCAUCCCCGGGACGCCCGGGUUAAACGGCGAGGACGGCGUGGAGCAGACCGCCAUCAGGGUCUCGCUAAAGUGUCCCAUCACGUUCCGACGCAUCCAGCUGCCCGCCAGAGGCCAUGACUGCAGACACAUACAGUGUUUCGAUCUGGAGUCGUACCUGCAACUCAACUGUGAGCGAGGAACCUGGAGGUGUCCUGUGUGCAAUAAGACGGCUCUGUUGGAGGGUCUGGAGGUGGACCAGUACAUGCUGGGAAUCCUGAUCUACGUGCAGAACUCGGAGUACGAGGAGAUCACCAUCGACCCGGUGUGCAGCUGGAAGCCCGUCCCCGUGAAGCCCGACCUCCACGUGAAGGAGGAGCCCGACGGCCCCGUGCUGAAGCGUUGCCGGACGCUCAGCCCCAGUCACAUGGUCAUGCCCAACGUCAUGGAGAUGAUCGCCUCGCUCGGCCCAACCCCUUCCUCCUCCUCGUCCUCCUCCACCUCGGCAGUUCCCCCCUCCUCUUCCUCCUCAUCCCCAAUGCCCUACCCCUCCAUACCCGGGGGGGGCGGCGGCAGCAACAGCAGCACGACACCUGAGUACCCCGGACCCGGAUCAGCUCCGUCCUUCCCCACGCUGUCGGCUCCGUUCUCCGACUUCAGCGGUCCGGGGACGCCCAGCAUCGGCGGCGACUUCUCCUCGCCCGGCCCCCCGCCCCUGUCCUACCAGUCGGAGCUCUCCAGCGCCCUCCUCACCGCUGACAAACCCCCCCCUCACCCGCUGGCUGGACAGAUGCCAGGCUCAGGCCGUAUGGACUCAACUUCCCAUGGUGCUCCUCUCCAGCAGCACCAGCAGCAGUCGCAGGGUCUCCAUGGCAACUCGCAAAUGGGGGGUGGCAACCAGAUGAUGCAGCGUAGCAACCAGAAUCCCCGUCUCCAAGGCGACGGCUCCUUUGGACUCGGGGGCCCGGCGGAUGUUCCGGAAACUUCUCUUGACUUGCUUCCUGAGUUGACCAACCCGGACGAGUUGCUGUCCUACCUCGGCCCUCCGGACCUGCCGAGCAACAACAACGACGACCUGCUGUCGCUGUUUGAGAACAACUGAAGCGCUCGCACGGCUCCGGGGUCGGCCACGCCGAGACGUCACGGCAAAAUCCGAACUUUAUUUUUUAUCCUCGCCGCCAACAUGGCACCGUCUGCACAGGAAGGGGCGGACCGUGAGGAGGAAGGAAAACAAAAUGGCGACUUUUGAAUCUAAAAAAUCUCUUUGUGUGAUUAUGAACUCCAUGGUAACUUUAUUUUAUUGUUUUUAAUUGUGUUUCGAUGCUUCAUCCUUCAUUCCCUGUCAGUUCAAAGAGGCGCCACAGCGCUGCUUUCACGUACCUGCCCCGCCCACAGCGAUGUCACCCAGUCGCUCUUCGUGUAACAGCACAACACUGAUUGGCUGUCAGUGUUUUGGCUCAGCCCGUGAUUCAGGUUAUUCCAGUGCGGCUGGCGUCCUUUGCGGUUCCAGCUGUUGGUGGGUGUGAAACCCGUGAAGGCAGCAGUGUGGCGCGUCACAGCCGGGAGUUUCGGUGCAAAGAUGGCUGCAGACGAGCUGUAAGCGGCGUCUUUUCCCACGGACACGCUUUCCUUUCUCACUGGAGAUGCUGAGGGGUCCACGCCCGGCCCCGGCGUGCAACACGGACCUCCUGAUGACCAAUCAGAGAGAGGCAACACGGGCGGCUGUAGCUGCUCAGCCUCCUCCCCUCAUGUUAUGAGGGUUUUUUGUAAGCGGGCUGGUUGACCUUUGACCUGGCUGCGGUCUGCACAUGUGGCUUACUCACAUCUGGGCUGAAGCUGCAGUGACAAACGCUGGUUCAUCUUCAUCAUCAUCCUGUGUUGUUGUAUAGUGACUUAGAGUCCAACAGUUGUGGUGUCUCCAUGGAAACCUGUACACGAUGAUUCAGUAACGAUGCUCAUAACAUAAAGUUUGUAAUUUAAUAAACAGACACUGGAAAGACACGCA